AUGAGCUGGGCUCUUGAUAGAUCAAUUAGGCAAAAGUUGGAAAAGAAAACUGACAUCAUCAGUUCUCAAACUGGUGACCUGACUAAUGUGAUUCCUGAAGUCAAGCUUCUGGUGUUUAUCUGGGUGGACUUGUACCAUGUUCCAAGGUCUUGGUUUAAGCCAUCUGGAAAUAUUCUUGUGAUUUUUGAAGAGAAAGGGGGAGAUCCAAGUAAAAUUAAAUUCUCAAGACGAAAAGUAACCAGUGUAUGUGCUCUAAUAUCGGAGGAUUAUCCCUCUUUUGAAUAUGAAUCAUGGAAAGAGGACAUGACAGUGAAAAAUGAAAGCAACCCAACUCUCCAUCUGAGUUGUCCCAAGGGCACAAUAAUAUCUGCAAUAAAAUUUGCAAGCUUUGGGACCCCUACCGGAGAAUGCGGAUCUUACAGCGUGGGAGACUGUCAUGAUUCUACUUCACUUUUAAAAGUUGAAAAGGUCUGCUUAAACAAGCUAGAGUGUUCUAUAGCGUUGUCAAACAGGAACUUCAAUAUGACUUUAUGCCGUAGCUCGACAAAGAAGCUUACCGUUGAAGCUGAAUGUAGUGGCAGCAGCUGAUAUUUAAGCUAUACCAGUGAGCACAAAAUUUGGUGGUUUACACUCCAUAGACCACCUCAAUAAGAAAAUUGUUAGGGGGAUGAUCCACUACUACGAGAACGAAACCUGACUUUAGUCCUAACUUAAAAAUGUAAUUCAUUGUAUGUUAUUUUGAAGGCAACUGAAAUUGAAUGUCUUAACAUCCCUAAAGAUGUAUAGAUACUUGCAAUGUGUCAGGUUGUGUUUCUCCAUUCCUUAAGUUGAACUUUUUGUCUCA